AUGUUUUUCCCAAUGGCUUCGCUCGACCAAAGCAGAGGCCAAUUCAAAGUGCUCAUCGCCGGUGGCAGUCUCAUUUUGUACCGCAGCUGGGAGGCCAUUAGGAUUCUAGAGCAACUGGGUGUGUGGGAAAACAUCGCGAAGCAGGUUAUUCCUCUGCAAGGUCGAAACCACUACAACGCCGAAGGUUAUUCUUUUGAAGGUUCGCAUGUUCUCGUUGAGAUGAAUGACAUUCUCAAGCGUCCCAUUAUUUUCGUGGAACGACGCAAGGCUCUAGAGGCUCUAUACCACAAUGUGAAAGAUAAUUUAAAGUUACACGCUCAAAUCCCUGUUCUUGCAUACGUGGAGGAAGAUGAAAUAAUUAUCACUACCGAUGAUGCAUUUACAAGCGAGUACAAUUGUAUCUUUGCUGUUUCCAAAAAUGGCCUCGAAAAGCUUUUGUUGCCUGAUGCGAUGGUUCACAACGUUUACCACGACAAUUACUCUGCAAUUGCAGCCGCUGGUGUCUCGGGUCUUGUGUUUUGGUUUCUUUUUGCGAAGAGCGCCAAAUGGACAAGGAUUCCUCAGUGUCCACAACACACAGAUGACGAUGCAGAGGCAUGUAUUCGGGAAUACGGGAGCUCUCCAGUGGGUCCUGUGUACACUGUGAAGGACCUCUGCGAUGCUCGCGUGAAAGCUACCAUCGUACCCAUAGAGGAAGGUACAAUCAAAAAGUGGAGUCAUAAUCGGGUGGUUCUCAUUGGCGAUUCAUUUCAUAAGGUUGGGCCCCCUGCCAAGCAUGAAUCAGCUGAUUCCGCCGGAGAAUCGAGCGUACAUCUCAUCUCUGCAGUGUACAAUCAACCCCGGUCUCGGUGGGAACUUGGGCAUAUGAGGGAAUUGCUCAUUCCAUGA